UUUUACUUGAGAAGUAACAGUAUUCAUAGAGAAUCAGGUGAACAGCAACGUAAAGGAGACGGGGAAGUGUGGUGCUCUAAAUGAUUUUUUUUUCUGUGUGGCAGAGGCCUGGCUUGUAUCCUGGCAAGUCUCGCCUUACGAUAAGGAGGUAGGCAUGAAGGAGAGGUGUUGUCAGGGUGAUCAGCCAGUGUUCUCCACCAUGGAAGAAAUGGAGGAGACGGGCAGCGUGGGCGAAUAACCGUGAAGACAGACAUGGUAGCUUCAAGGGUGACGUUGAUGACUCUGUUGGUCAUAUUGACAUCGGUUAUAGCAACACAAAUAUCAACACAAUGUACCAAUAGCACUUUUUGGACUACAGAUAAUAGAAAAAGUGGAGUUAAUUACAAAUCCGUGGAUAAUUUUGGCCUCGCUUUAUUCAAACAAUUGCCCGUGAAGAAUAAUGUUCUCAUCUCUCCUGUGUCACUUUGGUCUUCCCUUCUAUUGUCUUAUGUUGGAUCUGAUAGAAGAACUGCCAGGCAGCUUCAGGAACUGCUAGAUGUGAGAAUGAUACGUGGUGCCUUGGAGUAUCUGGAUCUUGUUGAAAGCAGACGCAGAGUUAUCGAACAUAAAUUUAUCAUAAAUCAAAGGACAAAGGUUUACAAGCAUAUUCGAUUUCACCUAACCUCGAGCUCUCGGAACUACUUACUCGAAAGACUUUGCAGCGUUAACUUUAGUAAGACUAAUAAGACUGAAAGAUCGAUCAAUGCAUUCAUACGUGUAAACACAUACAACACUAUCACAUCCAUGACAAAAGAAAUUCAGCUGUGGAAAUCCCUGAUGGCCUUGGAGACAGCUGGAUAUUUUAAGGGGAUUUUCAAAUACAAAAUUAAAGGAACAUGUCGUGGGAAUUUUAAUGGAUUGCCAAGGGGAAAACGCGAAGAUGUUGAAAUGUUGUGGUUUAAGACAAAAAUGAAAAUAGGAGUCGACAAAAAAGUUCACGCAACAGUGGUGAAACUGCCAUACACCCAUAAAAUGUCACUAUAUCUUCUGCUGCCUACAAAUAAGGGUAAGAGGGGUUUGAGAAAAACAGUGAAUGCCCUUACUACUGUGAAACUGGACAAAAUCAUUAACUCCAUGAAGAAGCAUGAAGCAGAGGUUUUCCUUCCAAAAUUUAGAAUUAAAAAGAAAUACGAAGAAGACAUAGUACCGUAUGUUAAGAGACUUGGAGCAGAGCAAAUGUUCGACAGAUCACUUGCCGACUUCACCAAUUUCGCCAGAGGUCUCUACAUGAACGUUUUCAAACACAAGACCAUCAUAGUAAUCAACGAGGAGAAGACAACUGCUGGCAUGGCAUCGAGCAUACAAAUAAACCCCAAGAGUAAUAAAGACAUCCCAGAUUCACCGGCGGGGUAUGAUGAUACUAUUCCAUCUAUUUCUCCAAUGAUUCCUAUGGAUACUUACGAUAAUAUAACACAUUACGAUGGUACAGGGAAUAUGGAAUGUAGACAUGAUGUGAAUACUAGCAAGGUACACAGAGCUGUAGAUAUGGAUGACUGUGAUUUCUGUGUGAGCUUUGACCGACCAUUUGUAUUCAUUCUAGGUGAUAAUCAUCGUGUAAUACACCAAAUUGGUAUCCUUGUGUCACCUAGGAAAAUUUAGAGGGAGAAAUACAAACGCACACACACACACACACACACA